AUGGAGGCCAAAAUACGGCAAAAUUUCAAAACAACACAACUUUGUAACCAAAUUUUAUUAUUCGGUCACGAUCAUCGUAGCGCUUCUCUUCCAAGUGAUGCUGAAGCGAUCGGAAGAGGUGGUAGUCGCUCGGAGCCAGGCCUGGGCUGUACGGUGGAUGCGGUAGAACUUCCAAUCGGAGCUCCAGAAUUUUCUGGGAAGUCUUUUUCGCGAUGUGAAGGUGCUCGUUAUCGCGCAGCAGGCGAACGUUGUCGAGCUUCGGUGCUCUUUGCAGAUCUUCUCGGCCAGUCUUUGCAGGUGAGCGCAGCAGACCUUGGCAGUAACUGUCGUGUUGUCCGGCAGCAGUUGACAACGGUAGAUUCUACGAACUCCCCACCAGACGCUCACCAUGACCUUCUUCUAAUGGAUUUCACCUUUCACGAAAGGAUCCGGCACUUCAUCGCCAGCGCACCACCCACGUUUGUGGGUGGUGCGCUGGUGAUGAAGUGCCAGAAGUUGGCGUAG